AUGGGUGGAUUCAGCGUCUUCUCCUGCUUCUGCUUCGCCACUGACGAGGAAGACAAGAAGGCCAAGAAGCCGAAGCCAGCGCCAGCAACGGCAACGACCGCAGCAACAAGCAAGAUGCCACCGCCGCCGCCGCCGGAUUCUUCUUUCCCACGCGUGCCAACAACGGACACGACGAGUUACUCUUGGAUACGUAGGCCGCCGCCGGUGGCCGAUGAAGGUGUCGGCGCCCACAGAGGAACCGCUUCCUCCUCCUCUGCCUAUGGGCGAGGACGCGAGAUUUCUCUUGCUCCCCAUCCUCCUCCUGCAAAUCAUCCGGCUCGUAGCAUCCAAUCUAUAGCUGCCGAAUUGGGGCCUCUUGGUAGGAUCUUGCUGCUGUUUGAGACGCCCUCUGGCUUCGCAAUUUUCUCUUUUCCUGGGAUCCUUCUCUACGUACUAGAUGCCAUAGAGAGUAUCUGGGCACACUUCUCCGAGGAUUAUAAGGCGAGAAAAAUCCUCUUGCUGAAAGAAUUUAAAACUUUUGAUGACAAGUCCAGCGCCAUUAACCUUAUUACUGGUGUUAACAAAAAGCUUACUGAGAUGAUCUUGAAGUGGCGAUGCCCUGGGCAGAAAUUGGCUGUUGGAAAGCCUGAAUAUAAAAGAAUCAUUGAAACAAGCUUGAAAAUACCAUGCCUGUGUGAUGAAGCUGUAAUGGAGGUAAUGUGGGGCCUGAAGAAUCUCAUGCGCCGUUUAGUGCCUAAAGAAAAAUCAGAGCUGACUAAGGAGGACUGCCUCCCGAUGAGUGAAGGACUGAAAAAGGUCCUGAGUCGUUAUGGCUUUGAUGAUGUCAAACCAGAGAUGGUCAAUGAGCGGAUUAUUGUGACGGCAUGCGCGUUGUUUGAUUGUGAUUCUACUGAGAAGAAACAUUCUGCAUGCUUGCGCUGUUUUGGUGACCACAUUAAGGGUGUGUCUGGCAUUGACUGUGAGGAUUGGAGCUUACUGAAACUUGCAACUGCUUUUAAGGUGAUAUUUUGCCCUGAAGUUGGUGAUUAUCAUGAGAUGUUGUCAAAAGAUGAGCUGUCAAAGUUGGUGGAUGAUGCACAUAAAUAUACAUGUAAGAUUGGUAAGGUCCUGAGCGUGAGGAUCUACAAAGAAAUGGUCUCUGCCCAUGAAGUUAGGACUAAGGAAAAAAUACUGUUGGGGCACUUGGUUGUGGAGGCUAAGGAAGCAUAUGAAAAUGGUAAGGCAAAUGAGCGCAGGAACUGUUGCUCUUGGGGGAGCACUUGAUAGCGGGCUUUUUACCAUCGCAGAUAGUAUUCUAUCUUUUGUAAAGCUAUGGAGUUGCAUUAAUUAGCCUGGUGUAGGCGGGCAACCCUGGGUGCUGCGGUUUAAAAACUAUCUUUUAUU